AUGGGCGUUCCGCAACUUGACGGUCUUGAGGUGGUGGUCCUGGCCGAGGGCACGGGCACCCGUGAGACCAAGCGCGGCGACCAGAUUGAAGUUCACUACACCGGCACUCUUCUCGACGGCACGAAGUUCGAUUCUAGCCGUGACCCUAAUCGUGGUGACCCGCUCGCUUUCAAGGUCGGCUCCGGUCAGGUCAUCAAGGGCUGGGACGAGGGUCUUCUGGGCAUGAAGGUCGGUGAGAAGCGCAAGCUGACCAUUUCCCCUGAGCUCGCCUAUGGCAACCAGGCUGUCGGCCCGAUCAUCAAGGCCAACUCGACCCUGGUUUUCGACACGGAGCUCGUCAACAUCAAGUAA